AAUGCCUGAAUUCGAAGGUCAAGACGACAUCGACAUGGAGGCUUUUAAGCAAUGGAAAUUACGGUGGAACAAAAACUACACCACCUCUAAAGAGGAGAAGAUUAGAUUCGAAAAGUUUCAAGAAAAUCUCCAUCUAGAAGAGGCUAAUUCUGGUAAUUCGGGACCAUCGGAGCCACCUUGGAUGGCUUUGGACACUUAUGCGGACGGUAUUCCUUUUGAGCAGUACAAGGUAGAGAUCCUCGGACUGGAACCGGACAAUCCAGAGGAGCGCGUAUUUUCUGAUACUGAUAGUGAGGAGCGUGAGCUUUUAAUACAGGGCUAUGGUAAGGUUACUUACGGAGUCGAAGAUAAGGAUCGUAAAGUCCAGCUGAAGUCUUUUUACUCGAAGAAUCUGGAUCGUCCGUUUGCUGAUAAAGAUUCCUGGUAUUUCGACAAAGGCCAAAGUAAGGAGGAGCUUGAGCUUUUUAUACAGGGCUAUGGUAUUGGUAAGGAGGAGCAUGUUACAGCCAAACGCCAAAGUGAUGGUGAAAACAAUGAUACGAAAGGGGUCAAACGCCAUAAAGAGGAGGAGGAUGCUGCCGUGGCUGUGGAACCGGAACCUGAAAAUGAAGUAGUACGUACUACUGUGAGGGAGAAGUACUAG